AUGGAGGACUACAAGCGCAAAUGGCCGACAGUGGAUGUGGAUGUGAUCGAGUCAGAGCUGUGGGCAGAACAGGGCAGCGUAGCAGAUCCGGAAGCGACGAGCACUGAACCAGCCGAAGUCGGACCGUCCACCUCCACGUGGUGGCCAGUGGAGGCAAGGUUUGAACCUGAAUGGAAGGCUGUAAAUCAGGAACGUCUACAGGAACUCAGCGCGUACAAGAGACAAGUAGCCAUGGAACAGCAGGAGGGAUGUCGGUCAAGUCAGUACAAGACGGCUUGUAAAUUCGUCAAAAAGGAAACGCGUAGACUUAUCAAUGAGUGGUGGCAACAAAAAGCUGCUGAGAUUCAAAGCCUUGUUGAUCAAAAAACCCCACAACACCAAUUCGCAGGUUUCAGAGCUCUCCGUAAACUGUUUGUUAAAGGCCAAAUGCCUGCUCGGACAUUAUUAGAUGCUGCUGGAACACCACUACUCAAUAAAGAUGCCCGAGUGCAACGCUGGAGGGAGUAUUUUUCUGAGUUACUGAACGUGCCUACGGUUGUCGGGGCUGAUGAAUUAGCUUGUAUUCAAUGCCUUGUUCCUUACGAACCGUUAAAUGCUCCCCUCGACCUAGCUGAAACUCUUGUCGCUCGGGAUAAGCUCAAAGCUGGGAAAGCGUGCGGACCUGAUGGAAUUGAGGCUGAAUUGCUCCUUUCCCUAAAUACCGCUGGUGUUCGCCUUGUUCAUGAGUACUUCUGCCGGAUCUGGGAUGGGGUGGAGGAGAUGCCUAAGGAAUGGAAAGAAUCUUACCUUGUGCCUCUCCCUAAAAGCGGGGACUUGUCUAAGUGCUCUAGAUGGAGGGGUAUUCUCCUUAGCAGUAUUCCUGGUAAAGUCUUUGCGCGCAUCCUGAAUGCACGUCUUAAUGCGUAUGUUGAGGCUAACGACAUUCUCCCUGAAUCACAGUGUGGCUUCAGAGCUGGCCGUAGUACUAUGGACAUGAUUUUCUGUAUCCGGAUGGUUAUGGAAGUUGCGUCGUUAAAACAGGUACCGUCUUUCUUCCUGUUUAUAGACCUGGUUAAGGCGUAUGACUGUGUGUCUCGUGCUGGUCUAUGGCUCAUUCUGGAAAAGAAAGGUGUUCCACAGAAGUUCAUUCAGGUUCUCAGGAGUUAUUACACUGGUAAGGAGGCCAAAGUGGCAGUUGAGGGAACCUUGUCGGAUGCGUUCUUCUUGGAAACUGGUCUGGGACAGGGAUGCUGUCUGGCACCUCUUUUGUUCAACAUUUUUCUCUCUGCUGUCUUUGAAGCAUGGCAUAAGAAAAGUUCACCUGGAUUACACUGGUAUACGCGCAUUGAUGGUAUUCUACACCAUAGAGAGGCUCUUGAUAAAUAUGCGUCGUGGGAAGACCUCAUGUUGGAAGAAUUUGGAUAUGCUGACGAUGCAGCCCUGGUAGCAGAUACAUUACACACCCUUCAUAUUAAAGCUGGACAGUUUCAAAGCCAUUUGAACGCAUGGGGAAUGACGCUUUCUGUGGAUAAAACUGAAGCCAUGGCUACCGAUGAUCAGACUCAUGAUCCCAUUGAACUUGUACCUCAGGAUGGCAAAACUGGUGUUCGGUUUACUCCCUUGUUUUCUUAUCUUGGGGUACAAAUCUCUGACACUGGGGCUGGUGAUCAGGCGGUUCUGGAUAGAAUAGACAAAGCCCGCAAAGCUUUCUGGUCUCUAAAUAGUUCAGUUUGGAACGUUUACCAACUGUCACUAGGAACCAAAAUCCGAGUCUUUAGGGCGUGUGUCAUGUCUGUUUUGUUGUAUGGUGCCGAAGCUUGGACGUAUACGUAUCCCACCCGUUCUGCUCUCAACCGGUUCUACAUGAUUUGUCUUAGGCGUAUUGCUAAAGUUUCACUCUAUGAUCAGCAUCGGUACGGAAUUUCGAAUGAAGAUAUCAGAGCAUGGCUUGGGGUACCACCUGUGGAAGCCUUGGUCAGACAGUCACGGUUGAGAUGGCUCGGACAUGUUGCGCGCAUGCCUAAUCACAGACUCCCUAAAAAGAUGCUGUUUGCUUUUCUGGACCCAGAUGAAGGGAUUCCUAGACCUCCUGGACAUUUACACGGAAAACGAUUGCGUGAUUCUUACGUUCAAGAUUUGGAGUCCAUUGGAAUGUCUAAGAACAGCUGGUUACAGGUAUGUUCCUCAUCGCGCGGUAGUGAACAAUGGCGCCUCGUUACUAGGCAGGUAGCUCUCUGGUAUCCUCCGCGGUGUGUACAGCGUGGCGGCUCUGCGCCCGAACGUAAGCCUGAAGAGUUGCCGUCUAAUGUGUUUCAUGGGGUAUCCAAAAAACGACCUACGCAUCAGUCCCGUCUUGAUAAAGCUCAGCAGUUGAUUCAAACAGUGUGGAUCCCACAGAGUGCUUUCUUGCAAUUUGAAGCAGAAGUUGGGGGUAGGCAGGCUUGGUGUCAAAAGCUGGCAAGCCGUGUUUUAGAAUUGGCUUGCGAGGCCAAUGAUUUUGAAGGCUUACUGGCUUUGAUAUUAGAAGAUUAUCCUACUAUAGUGGAAAUCGAUGAUUUCGUCUUGUUUCAAGCCCUCCUGUUUACGGUUUGUCGCCAAGCCUCACAACCUCCUCCUAUACCUCCCCGUACAGGGCUAACUCCUAAAAGGCUGCCGCGGAAAAGUGCGCAACCGGCGUGGUACCAGGUCAUGGCGGACAGGACCUCCCUUAGCAAACAAGAAUUAAUUGAUAAACCUGUUAGGGUACGCUCUGCUUACUGGAAUCUUAAAGGAAAAUCCCGUACCCGUGAUGUAGAAGGAGCUGAAUUCGUGUGUGAUGUUCCUGGGUGUGGAAAAGCUUAUCCUACGAAACAAGGGUUGUCUCAGCACAAGUCUAUUUCACACCCUGAAGGUACCUUUAGGGAGGCUGGGUUUGACUGCCCACACUGUCCUAGGAGUUUUGCCCGCGAAACGGCUUUGAAAAGACAUCUCUCUUACGAACAUGGUAGUUGCCCCCACCCUUUUACUUGUCCUUGGUGUCAUGGAGUUUGGCCGGGAAAACCAGGGUUACGGGCACAUAUGGCCGUAGAACAUGCUAUACCAGAUUCAGAGUUUCCCAUGACCUGCCCUCAUUGUGUCGACACGGACAAAGAACACAAAUCCUAUCACACACAGCAUGGAUGGACCAAACACUAUUUUCAAGCACACGCUUAA